UUUUUUUUGUCCUUUUUUUUUCUUUUUAUAUAGAUAAUCAUGUCUAUUUGAAAUAUGAAUAUUUUCAUUCUAUCUAUAUCUCUUCUAGCUGCUGUCAAUGCAAUGUCAGGCGGAAGAGCUGUGACAUCUUCUGAACAAUUCCCGUUCUUUGUUACACUAACAACUCCCAUUUUAUGUGGAGGUACAAUCAUUUCACUAGACCCGGCAUGGAUCAUAACCGCUGCACAUUGCAUUGAAGAUAGUACCAGUGGUUCUUUGAUUGGAUAUGGUAGCCGAGAAUUCUCGAAACAGACGUAUGCGACCAUCAAACAGAUUGUUUUACACCCACUGUAUGUCUCAAACAAGCAAUUGGAAACACAAGUCUAUGCGUCUAACAGGACAGAUAUUGUUCCUUAUGAUAUUGGACUCUUACAGCUCACUAAACCACUACCUCAGAAUGAAUACACUGACCGUAUUCCGCUUCUUGCAGACCAGGAAAUAGCGACACUCGAAACAAUGGGUAUGGGUUACACGGGUUACCAACAACCUCAUGCCGAUCUUUUGCAAUACACCGAGUGUAAUUCAUCCCGAACGGGUGUUCUCCAUGACGAUAACUUUAAUCACAGUAUAAUUCUGACUCAUUCUGAAGCAAAUCUUUGUCAUGGUGAUUCUGGUAGUCCAUUGGUCACUAAACUAUACGGAAGCAAUUCAUAUUAUUUUGCAGGCAUUUUGAAUCGUAUCUUGAAUGCAUAUGAUCCUGAUCCCAAUCAAGUUUCAUGCCCUUUUCAUCAAAGUGAAUCUACUCUUUUUGUCAAUGCUUUUGUUAAGCCUUAUGUACAUAUAAAAUGGAUCAUGAACAGCACUCAGCUUUCUAAAGAAGCGCUGCUUAAUAAUGUAUACAAACCCGUAGCAAGUCAUGCUUCUUCUCAGCGUAGAUCACUGUUGAUGUUUAUAUCCUGUCUUUUACUAUUAUAAAACUUGUUUUAUGUAUAUUGCCACAUUAGGAAAAACUGGUAUCUUGCGGAUGUUGCACCAUUUGUGUGUAUUGUUGUCCACGUGUGUCAUCAAAUUAAACUUUCUAUAUGAUGCAAUUUAAGGUGAGAACCAACCCGUGCUGGUCUCACCUGAAUUCAAGUAUUCAAAUACGAUUUGGGAAAUUGGUACUGAAUUUGUCACUUUUGCCUUUUUUUGCUUAAACAAACACAACUCGCCAUUUUACACAAACCUGGAAUAAGUCAGUCGAUAUUAAAAGAAAAAGAAGGAAAAAGGAAAGAAUGGGCCAUAUGCAACCUUAUGAACAUUUUUGAAUGAUUUGGUUAUCAACUAUAUACUUUGUGCUUCAUGUGAUUCAACUAGCAGACUUUUUCACCCCUUUUUUCUCCUUGAAUUAGACCCCCGCAACAGAUAAUAUAUAAAUAGGAGGACUAAAAUGAAAAUCCAUUUCUUACCUUUUUUUUUUUUU